AUGGAGAAGUAUGACGUCAUUUCCGUGGUGGGUGAAGGAAGCUAUGGCCUCGUCAUGCGAUGCCGACAUCGUGAAUCUGGGCAGUAUGUUGCCAUAAAGAAAUUCUUGGAGACAGAAGAUGAUCCAACAGUGAGAAAAAUGGCAAUGCGUGAAAUAAGAAUGUUAAAGAGACUGCGUCAUGAGAACCUCGUAAACAUGAUUGAGGUGUUCAGGCGGAAGAAGAGAUUCUUCCUUGUCUUUGAAUAUCUGGAGCAUACAGUCCUUGAGGAAUUGGAAGCCAGAUCUGGGGGUCUUGGCUUUGUUACAGCCCGCAAGUACAUCUUCCAAGUUCUCCGAGCACUGGAUUUUAUCCAUUCAAAUGAUGUCAUCCACCGAGAUAUAAAGCCUGAGAAUGUUCUUGUCUCCCGCCUGGGGAUUAUUAAGCUUUGCGAUUUUGGCUUUGCUCGAACCUAUGCGGAAAAUGAAACCUUUACAGAUUACGUGGCAACACGGUGGUACAGAUCCCCGGAAUUGCUUGUUGGUGAUCCGAGAUAUGGGAAGGAAGUGGACAUCUGGGCUACGGGUUGCCUGUAUGCGGAAAUGAUGACCGGAGAGCCACUCUUCCCAGGUGAAAGUGACGUUGAUCAGCUCUUCCAGAUUGUGAGAGUCCUGGGUAAGGUCACUGCACGACAUCAGGUCCUGAUCACACGAAACACCCUAUUCAAGGGUAUGAAGCAGGAGCAGGAUACAAAUUUGGGAAGUAUCUUCCCGGAGUGGAAUCGCGAUAGCCUGAAUUUCCUAGAAGAGUGCCUACAGAUGGAUACAGCAGCACGUCCCGAUACGAGAAAACUCCUAAAGCAUGAUCUGUUCACAAAGGAUGACUUUCUAGAUCAAUUCCUGCCUGAGCUGAAGAUGAAACUGAAUCAGGAGGCACAGAUGAAUCCCCUGCUUAAACGAAUACAGAGUCUCGGGAAUUCAGGGAAGAAGUCCUUCAUUGAUGAAGCAAAGACACAACAAUCAGAUCGAACCGCAAAGGACAUCAAGACCAUUCCGAAUGCAACGAAAGAUCGGAUCGGUCAAAUUGGUCUUAGCUUCCUUACAACAACCCAAAUUCUCGGCAAUACACCAAAUAAGAUCUCCGGGGAUGUUCCCCCAAUGAAGACAGAUGAGGCGCACGGGCAUUUUGCAUCAUUGAACUCCUACAAGAACUACUUCAGUAAUCAGCACUACAAACUGCUGUCGCAGCUCAAGUCUAACAGCAUCAACAGCAGCAACAUUAACAACAACAAUGUGAUCAAAGAACCAGUAGUUUCAAAGCACGAGAGGUUACUUUCAGCUCAGAAAGGCUACACGGAGAAGCAGAACUGUUCCACGAACAUGGAUGCCAACAUCAAUCCAGGAUCCCCAGUUCAGUUUCAAUCCUUGCAGAUGGAAAGCUUGCAAAUGGAUAGCAAUUUUGGGAAGAAGGAUCGUGGUCCUGAUCGUCCUCCUUACGCAAAUAUCAUUCAUGUAGAAGAGAAACCAUCAGUCAAUCAAACCCUUCCAACGGACUUGAAUAAUUUAGCAAUUUCCGGCACAAUCCCGCAGUAUUUCUCCAAUAAGCGUCAAACAAAUCUCAUGGGUAGCUUCCAGCAUCCCCAGAAGUGUCCCCCAAAUCCCGCCUUGACAAAACAGAGCCCCAUUCCCAUUCAGCUCACUGUUAAUCGGCCGAAUUUAGUGAAGCGGGAGCGUGGAAUGAUGUUGGAUGCUAUGACCAGUUCACUGGGAAUUGCACCGGAGGGGCUGAAGAGUGAAGCGAGUCCGAGGAUUCUCCUUGGGCCACCUUGGCUCACGGGGAAGGAUGCAAAGGUUACGGCCCAGCUGGGGAAGAAGGGUGGUGGCCUUACGGACUGGAAGAGCAUCAGUCACAACAACAGCAAUAAGCUGCAAGUUUCGGGAUCACACAUUUUGGACUAUACGUCCGCAAAUCCCUCCGGAAGUGAUCUCAUUCUGCCCAAUUGCCCAGGAGCAUCGACAAGCCCCUACAAGGGGAUUAAGAAGAAACUAACCCCCAUGACGGGGAUUCAAAUUCCCGGAGAAAAUACGAUUUUUCCCACACCGCGAAAUUUUUCUCCAUCCUCGGAUCAAAAAAAUAACACCUGAGAUUAGGAGGAAGCCCCCCGCGAGACUUACCUCUCUACAAGCAUCAACUAAACAAGCUAAAAAAUUCUAAGAUUAAACGUUAAAUAAAGAUCUUUUUCAUUAAAUUGUAGAAUUGUAAAAAAAAAAAA